CCGAUGAGUAGUAACGAGGGUACCCUUUACACGGGAGAGCUUGAAAAACGCUGUUAAGCUCCAUAGAUUGCGUUACGGCUAUUCCGUUCCGAAUCGCCAGUAUGCUCCGGUAUUUGACAUGUCUAAUAGAGUCGGUGUAUCAACAACAUAUCAUCAAUUACUAGAGGACUCUGGCGGGUAAUGUCAAACAUAUUGAAAUUCAAAAAGUGGGUCAAACGGCAUUACGCAGGAUUUUGCGUUUUUGUUCCAUGUGUUCAGUCCGGGUUUAAUUUGAUCCCCCUUAAUUAGAUAUUUGGGUGUUGAAUUGCCAACCCCUAACUGGCAUUCUAACAAACAUUUAAAAUCCUAAUAAGGAUUUGGUUUUAGUAAUUCCAGUUUUCCAAAUUACCUUUGCCAAAAGGCAAUUAUAUCCGAGGAUGCCGGAAAGCCUAUCUUCGUUUCAUGUAAAAUGGAUCCAACACUGUCAUCAGUUGAUAAAAAGCUUCUCCAACACAACAUCUAAUACUUGUCUAAGUUUUAGAGACUUUGAGAGUCACUGGAAAUGUGUAAACUUCAAGCUGAUGUUUUGUGAACAUAAUAUUGAAGAAUUGCCUCCGUUGGUAAAUGAGCUGUUCAGUGUAGGCAAACAUUUUCUGUUCUUACAGCAUUCAUUGGCAUCAAAGAUUGGAGGACUCUACCUACUUUAUGCAUUAUACUUCACUCAACUAACUAGAAACAAAAUCCGUUUAACAUUAAGUGAGCUAAAAGGGUUGGUUGUGUUUUUGGAUGAAUUGAACCAAAGAAAUAUGUGUGAACAACAGUUCAUUUUCUGCAAACUUUUCCUGGAGAAAGCAUUUGUUUUUGCUUUGACAUCUAACCAAUUUGUCAAUCAGAAGCAUCAGUCUGAGGAAGAUGCUGACAUUGGAAAUUUGCUGGAUAGCUAUAAGCAUGGAUUGCUCCAAUCUCAUGGGCUAUCAGCAGAUGAACUUGAUAAUUUGGACAAAAGGUUGAAUAAAUACCAAGAAAUUAAAUCUCAAAUACCAGGAUUUUGUAACUCAACUUCCAAAUCUGCUGAUACCGAUGACUUCGUUUCGGAAUUCCAGUAAAGUAGUUGUAUCCAAGAACCCUUUACGUAAACUAGUGUUUCUACGUUGUAGAAGAAAUUCAUUCUAAAGUUUCGAGUUCUGCCCUCUGUAUAGCCUGAAAUGCUUGAGUCAAGUUUGGUGAUUUAGCGGAGUAUCUUGUACUUGUGUGUUUUAUAAUUAGCUGACCUGUAAUACGAAAAACUAAUUGCUGUUCCGUCCUUCCCAUUUUGUUGUUCUUUGUAGCAUACAAAGCGAAUUGAUAUUGCAUGGGUAUCUGGAAGUCAUUGCCUCUCUUCUGAUAAAAAAUUUAUUACUUACCGUUUUGGUUAUUUUGCUGUGCACAAAUUCUUCUGGAGAAAUAUAAUCACUCGUUCAACUAA